AUGACAUCAGGUGCUUUUCAUAUCCCUUCUGAAAAGAACGAGGUUAUAAGUUCAGUAGCAUUUGACCAUCACUCUCGUCAUCACAGAGUUAUUGAACUGAAUAUAUCAGGUAUGGAUAUUACUGGUACCAUCCCACCGGAACUUGGCAACCUCUCUUUUCUUGUUUCACUUGAUCUAAGCAAAAACAAUUUCCAUGGUGAACUUCCACCAGAGUUGCUUCGCGGAAGAAACCACAUUUCGGGUAGUAUUCCUUCCACUAUAGGCAAUGGCUUACCUAAUAUCGAAGGAAUUUAUCUAGUUGGAAAUAACAUCAAUGGUGCUUUACCUAGUUCCAUCUCAAAUUUGUCUAAGCUUGAAUUUCUCGAACUAGGUGGAAAUGAACUUACGGGUUCAAUUCCCGAAUCUCUAGGAAAUUUAAGACUACUUAGAAAUCUCAACUUGUACGGUAACUCCUUCACAAGUGAAUUGAGCUUCAUUACUCCUUUGGCCAAUUGUGAAAACAUGACAAGAUUGUUAUUGCCUUUCAAUCCCCUAAAUGCAAUGCUUCCAAAAUCUGUUGGCAAUCUUUCUUCUCUUAAUUAUUUUUCGGCAAUAAGCUGUAACCUCAAGGGACAAAUUCCAGAUGAAAUUGGAAAUAUGAGAAAGUUAUCUACUUUGGAGUUGGAUGACAAUGACUUAACUGGAAUUAUCCCGACAACGAUAAAUUCUUUGAAAAACCUUCAACGGCUUUCACUUGGUGCAAACAGAAUAAGUGGUCCUUUCCAAAUUGUUUUAUGUGAGCUACCCAACUUGGGCAUGCUAAACCUUUCACAAAAUCAAAUGUGGGGAAAUAUUCCUAGUUGCUUAGGGGAUGUGACUUCUCUAAGGGAGAUUUAUCUUGAUUCCAAUAACUUCUCUGCUAGCAUACCUUCAAGUCUAUGGAACCUCAAAGACAUUUUAAAGUUGAACUUGUCAUCUAAUUUCUUCAAUGGUUCUCUUCCACUAGAAGUUGGAAACUUCGAGGCUGCAACUCUUCUGGAUCUUUCGAGAAACCAUAUCUCAGGCAACAUUCCAAGUACAUUGGGAGAUCUACAGAAAUUGACUCAACUAUCUUUGGCUCAUAACAGAAUUGAAGGAUCUAUUCCUGACACAUUUGGGGAACUCAUAAAUUUGGAAGCGAUGGAUCUCUCGUAUAACAAAAUGUCUGGUGUGAUUCCAAAGUCAUUAGAAGAACUUAAGCAACUACGCUCCCUUAAUGUCUCAUUCAACAGGUUACAUGGAGAAAUUCCGAGUGGAGGGCCAUUUGUUAAUCUCACUUACCAAUCUUUCAUGUCGAAUGAAGGAUUGUGUGGUAACUCUCAAGAGCAUUUCCCAGCUUGUCCUUCUAAUUCAAAGAAUCAUUCUGAGUCAAAGAAAAGAAGAAUGAUAUGGAUUGUAGUUGCCUUUUCAGUUAUCUCUGUGAUAGUGCUAACUUCAGCAAUAGUUUUCGUGUUGAUGAGACAUCGGGGCAUAACAGUCACUGCAGAAGACGAGGGAUUGCCUGAGGUAGUACCACAAAGAAUAUCUUACUAUGAACUUCAAAGAGUGACUCAGGGCUUUGAUGAAAUUAACUUGCUAGGUAGUGGAAGUUUUGGUUCUGUUUACAAAGGGACAUUGGCAGAUGGGAUGAUUGUAGCUGUUAAAGUUUUCAAUGUGCAGAUGGAAGGUACAUUUCAAACCUUUGAUAGAGAAUGUGAACUCUUAAGGAAUCUUCGUCACAGAAAUCUCACAAAGAUCGUUAGCAGCUGUAGUAACUUGGAUUUCAAGGCAUUGAUACUUGAGUACAUGCCAAAUGAGAGCUUAGACAAGUUGCUAUAUUCUAGAGAUUUCUGUUCAAGUAUGAUGCAAAGAUUGAAUAUCAUGGUUGAUAUUGCAUCUGCUCUGGAAUAUCUCCAUCAUGGUUACUCAGUAGGAGUUAUUCAUUGUGAUCUGAAGCCUAGCAACGUGUUACUUGACAACGACAUGGUGGGACACCUGACUGACUUUGGCAUUGCGAAACUUUUAACCAAAGAAGAAUCUAUUGCUCACACUAGUUACAUUGAUCCAGAGUAUGGUCUGGAAGGCCUUAUAUCCAAGAGGUCUGAUGUUUAUAGUUUUGGUAUCAUGCUGUUGGAAACUUUUACCAAGAAGAAACCCAGUGAUGAAAUGUUCGCGGGAGAUUUGAAUUUGAGAAGCUAG